UCGUGCACCACGGAACACGCGAGAGUCAGCCGGGGCCGGCUGCCGCGACCGAGUUGGACGCACGCGCCCGAGCCAUCGAUAGAGAUCAACGAUAGACAGGACCGCACGUUUCGACCUGGAUCACGUUGUCCGUAGAUCGAUCGUGAAAUUAGAACGGUUAGGAAACUGCAAUAGGAAACUUUAAUUACAUCGGGGUACGCGCUAGAUAGAUCCAAAGGGACAAAAUAGACAAGUUUUUCGUCGAGUUUCGUCAGGAUUCUCUAUGGAGGUACUGGAGGCGGGAGUGGUGGCGUGAAUCUCGUGACAACCGGCUAAAUCGACGCACAACGCGCUCGAAAUCACUAACGCCGUUGUAUUAUGUCACACUCCCACGCGAGCGACGGCCGCCGCUGCCGGUGCGACGGUGAAUCGAGCCAACGUCGUCGUCGUUUGACAUUUCCACGAGCGUGGAGAGGUUAACGCGAACCCGGGUGUUCGUGGCACCGUUCAUACCGCUAUUUUGUGCACGCAUCGAGCCAGUGUUAUGCUACGUCGCGAUCAUAUCGUCAUCCUUGUCAUCGUCGUCGUCGUCAUUGUCGUCAUCGUGAUUAUGGUCGACGGGUGACAAACCAGCCUCCAACUCGUGAUACAGGAGCGUGCAAUUCGAUGAGAAGAUUCUCGUAUCGUCGGAUCUCAGUGACUUCUCUGGUGACUUAUUGCUUGCGAGUAGAAGAACGUCCUGGUGUUUCGUUUACGCUGCCGUGUACGUGAGUAAAUACGUACGAGCGCGUGACACGCGUGGCUGUCGAUCGUAAGUACUCACCGAUCGCUUCGUGAAAUCGUGAAAGAGAUCGUCGAUGUUGGACACGGUAGCCAGGGGAUAAGACUUCGUUGGUGUUCCUUUCGAACCAAGACAGUGGAGUUGUUCGAGGCACCGGUGCGAAAUUAGAAGAUUCUAACGUAAAUCGACGAGGUUAAACAACGUAUAUAAUACAGGGAGCAUCGAGGAAACUAUAAGCAGAAUCCUGUACCAGAAGAAAGAGCGAGGAAGAUCGUCGUUUUGGAUUUUUCUUUGUCGUCGAAGAUCGCGAUUUGAGUGCAAUGUUUAAAGUCUCGAGACGGGAAAUGGACGAUAAUCACGCGAGUGCGUCUCGUUGCAACUUACGUUGUUCAGAUUCGCUUGUAAUCGACGAGACGGGGAAGUGAAUCGAGUACAUAUACGGUAUUCAAGUAAGAAACGGAGGACCAAAAAGAGGACAGUGUCAUAACGCGUGUGAAAUGGAUGGUACGCCAAAGAAAAUCGAAGCAGUGUUAAUAUAUGGAUGCCCAUGGGUGGAAUUUGGCCGAAAUGUGCCAGCGCUACCAUCACGCUGUACCAGCAGCCCAAAAUUCUUCGCCAGCUAGGGAUCCCUCAGCUGCCAUCGUGCAAGGCUUGUCAACGGCUACGCACAUUGAGCAGGCCAGCCCUUCUUAUUCCCAUUACACGAUGCUGGAUAAUUAUGACAGGGGUGAGGUGACACCACCACCGGUCAGCAGUUAUGGCGGAUCCCCUGGACUCUUGGCACUUCAUUCCUCGCUUUAUGCGACUCCUACGUCGAGGGCCUACGACAUCGAGUCGAACAUCGACGGCAACGACAGUUCCAUGCCCAUUGACACCCAAAUCAUUUCGAUACCAGGAAUGUUGAGCGGCCCAGUGCAACAGCGACUCGAGGACAUGUCCUGGUUGGCUUCCGGUCCGUCGCUGGAGUAUCAACAAGGCAUCUCGUCGAUUCCCGCGGGAGUGAAGAUGUGCCAUCCAGGCAGCACGGCCCAGAGAAGCCUGAAGGAGCAACGGAUACGUCGCCCGAUGAACGCGUUCAUGGUCUGGGCAAAGGUCGAGCGCAAGAAAUUGGCCGACGAGAAUCCUGAUCUCCACAACGCCGAUCUCAGCAAGAUGCUCGGGAAGAAAUGGCGAGGGUUGACCCCGCAGGACAGAAGGCCGUACGUGGAGGAAGCCGAGAGACUGAGGGUCAUACACAUGCAGGAACAUCCGAACUACAAGUACAGGCCACGGCGUAGGAAACACGCGAAACGGGCCCCAGGGGCGCCGUCCUCUCCUCCGUCCGCGACCAACACCACGGUCAAUAGGUCCAACCCCUCUGGUACCACGAUUCAUCAUUCCAUGUCCAAGAUGGACAGUUAUCAAGGCAUUCCUCAGAUCCCGUGGGGCGGACAUUCCCCGAUCUCAUCCCUGUAUCACCAGCAGCAGCAGCAAGGUAUUCAGGAGUACAAAUCGGAGAGCAAUUCCUUGUACGGUAGUCCUUAUACGCCUAUCAUUCACACACCGGACAUAUCUCCAGUUGCCAGUCCCGAGCCAGAUGGUGACGGAACGCAUUUGCCAUCCAAUCAAAAUCCAGAUCCUGAACGUGAUCUGAUGGAGGGUUCGUCGAAGCAGCACGGCGAAAUGAGCGAGCAAACGAAACGGUACACUUUCAUGAGUACCGAUAAUCAGCUGCACACGGGUCAUGCUGGUGGUACUAGCAUAUCGUCGUGUCAGAAUUCUGGUGCUUACACAGAUACUCUGACUUACAAAAAAUCGAUACUGUUCGAAAUACGAAAUUCAAAAUGGACGUUUAAAAUCCUGAAAAAUUGCGGACGGGUGAGUUACUUAAAUUUCGAGAGACAGCCGUCGAGUAUAGCCGCGGUUGGUAUAGCGAACGGGAUGAUGGUAUCGUGCAAUAAAUUGCGCUCUGGAUUUGAAAAUGUUGGCUCUGUGACGGGGACUUUUUAUCCGCCAGUCGCAUCCCCGCACGAUCAAUCGUUGCAGCACUACACGAACACCCAAUCCUCGAAGACUGCCAACUAUUCGAUGCAGUCCACUGUCGAGAGCAACUAUAAUCCUGUUCAGUGUGCCAAUCGACAACAGUCCAUGGGGAUUCGCGGAGCCGCUGAAGGUUGUUCCGGUGUAUCCCACCGGUACCAAAUGAGUCAUCACCAGGAGUACCAAACAGAGGGAACCAGCGCUGGCCAACAGCAUCCGAUUCUGGGUCACAUGGAGGCAGCGAUGGCCACCACCGCCGAGGAAGAACAGCAACAGACGUUACAGUUGGAGAAGUAUUUCAAAUACUCGCAUCCGACCAACGUGGCGCAUACCAGCCUCACCUCUCAGAAUCUCCUUGACAGCAAUCACAAUUACGCCAGUGAUCUUCGUUACUACACGCCCCAGCAGACGCAAUUGGACAUGUCGAACUCUCAGUGCAUCGUCGACGAUCAAGCCAAGGAUGCUCGAUGCUCGAACGUGGCCAUAGGCCACGCGAUGGAGCAGUACCAUCAGGCCAUGGAUGUGGCCAAGUAUUCGGAACACCAACAGCAGCAGCAGCAGCAACAGCAACAACCGCAACAGGCUCAACAGGGUCAGCAAUCGCAGAGUAUCGAGCAUGUUUCGAAGGCGGACGACGAUUUCAGUGUAAUACUUGCCGACGUGCGCAAGACUUGUUACAGUAGCUAGUGUUUCAUCUAGAUCAGAGCUGUCUGUAGGAGAACACUGAGAAACUUGGUGUUCCUUGUUUCGGCAUUGAUUUCUUGCGGUCGGAUGUUGUAGGCCUAAUCUUUAAUGUAAAGAAAUCAAAUUGUUUGGUUCUUGGUAUAGUAAGCAUUGCAAACAUUGAUUACUCAAGGCUGAUGAACCUUAAUACUUAACUAGAGGUGUAAAGAUGUAGUAACCUUUUGUCGUCAAAUAUUGUCGCAGUGGGUACAUUUAAAAUUUGUCUUUACGGUCGAGUGGCUCCACUGCGAUUGCAUUUAAAAUUUGUCUUCAAAGCCUGAUGGCUCCGCUAUGAAAAUGGUAAAUAUUUAUUGCUCCGAUUAGUUGGUAACGCUCCAGAAAAAUGUGGAGAACGCAAAGGAUUAACAUGCGGAUGACGCUACGUUGGCGCCAUAGCCUGCUUGCUUCCGGAGACAGAUGACACAGUGACACCAUAUUAGUGUCAUCAGCGUCAACGAAACAGAAAAUUUCAGUCACAUUGAGCGGCCACCACUUCGCUGCUAUAGACAAUAUGUGAAACACAUUUAUACGUAAUACGUAAUGUGGUAAAUAUCUAAAUGCAACUAUAGAGGUAAGAGAAAUGUGAUUUGUUUAAAGAAAAAAGGAAUAUCCUUGAGUGCUUAAUAUUUGUCGUUUCUACUAUAGUGAAAGAAGUCCCUCCCAUAGACAGCUCUGUCCUAGAUAAUCUUUUUGAUAUGGGCGAUCUAGCCCUAGUGGCUGCAGAGAAGAGUUAGGUGCUAACGUUUUUUAAAGAAUCCGGUGCUUAUACACAUUUCUGUACACAUUUCCGGUGCUAAUGCUCUUGAUCAGGAGGUGUGGUUGCAAGAUAACAAAGAAUUGAUGAUAGAUUAUUGUUUCUUGUUGUUUGAAAUAGUUAUUUUAUAUAGCUAUUUUAUUUACUCUUUUUAGCUUUCUGCACUCAAAUAAAUAAUAACAAACAUCAUGCAAAAUAGGUAUAAUAACAUAUAUGUGCCUGUUUAGUUUCUCUUUAAUUCAA